AAGUGUCAAAAGUGCAUCGUAUAAAUUUAAACCAUGUUACACCUCUAAAUACGAGUAAACACUACUCUAUAACCUUAUCUCUUUGUAAUUUUGUUUUUUAAAUUUAAUUAUGACUCAACAGGAGAUAUCUUGCGGCUUAGAGUAUUCCCUUACUCCAGAUAUACAAGAAUGCGUAACGGAAGCACUGCACGCAAAUUAUUCUUUUAUUGUUACGCCAAUUAUUCACCCCCGUUUUCGCCGGUCAUUCCAAGGAAAUAGGACUGCAGCAGGGGGUUUUACUAGAUCGGAUAUGAUACUAUCACCUCAAGAUUGGACAAACAGAAUCGUUGCAAGAGUAUCACCAUAUCUCAAUGUCGAUUCGCAAUCGGCCCUUGUUCAGCAACGUCAUGAAGACUGUUUAAAUGAAGAACUAUUGUACUGUCGAGGUUUAGGUGUCCCUGCUAUUAUGAUUUCCCUCAAUUCUAAAAAUAAUGUAAACUUAGCAAGGAUUCUACAAACCUAUCAAGAGACAAGUCAUCAUCCUACACUGAUUUGGGCUUGCGUACCCAUGCUAUGCACAAGAACUUUAAGAAACAGUGAUGAAUAUGAAGAUUAUGACCAAGACAAACCUUACAAUAAAACAUGGUAUUGUUGGUCAAAGUUUCAUGAGAACAUGAACUGGGAUAAACGUGUAGGUGUUGUGUUGGAGGUGUCAGCUGACUUACCAUCUCAAGAUGUAGUUAAGAGAUGGCUUGGAGAGCCAGUAAAAGCUCUAGUUUUACCAACACACAUAUUUCAAAAUAACAAAAAGGGAUAUCCAGUUCUGUCGAGAGCUCACCAACAAUUUGUUAUAAGUAUGGUUGAAAGAGAUGCCCAAGUUAUUGUGAAAGGUGCUAAAAGAUCUCAUAUAGAACACUACUUGCAAUAUAUGUAUAGGCUUUGGCAAAGGCGGUCCAAUGUAGCUGAUGAUCCUAUGUUAUGUUAUGCAAGGGGAUGGGAAGAUUAUCUUCAAACACCUUUACAACCCUUAGCAGAUAAUUUGGACACUCACACAUAUAAUGUUUUUGAAAAAGAUCCAAUAAAAUAUGAUCAGUAUCAGAAGGCGAUAGUACAAGCUCUAACAGAUAUCCAAAAAAGGAAAGAAUCUACACAAAGUAAAAUUGAAAGUAAGGAUGUAUGUGAAAGUGGUCAAGGUGAUGCUCCAGACAUUGAUGGGGAAACAAUAAAAGAUACACCCAUAACUGUUAUGGUAUUAGGUGCAGGUCGUGGUCCGCUUGUGAGAGCAACAUUAAAUGCUGCUGACAUUACUAAUACAAGAGUAAAGGUUAUAGCUGUGGAAAAAAACCCUUGUGCAGUUGUUGUUUUAGCAGCGCAAGUGCGGGAGAUAUGGCACAACCGUGACGUAACAGUCAUACCUGGUGACAUGAGAUAUUUGAAUUUAUCACCAAAAGCUGAUAUAAUUGUUUCAGAACUUUUAGGUUCCUGGGCUGACAAUGAACUAUCUCCCGAGUGCUUGGAUGGUGCAGCUAGUCUAUUGAAACCAGAUGGAAUCUCAAUACCAUGUGAAUACACUUCCUAUGUUGCACCAAUUUCAUCAGCACGUUUAUGGGCUGCAGCAAAAAUAGCAUGCUCUGGAGAUCCACAAAAAAUUGAUAAGAAUUUAGAAACAUUGUGGGUAGUAUACAUGCAAAAUAAAAAUGAUAUUGGUGACACAAAGAAAGUAUUCACAUUCACUCAUCCAGCAGAAGGCAUUAAAGAUAAUGAAGACCAAAUGUUAGUAGACUAUAGGGGACUGCCAUUAACAGAUAAUAGACGACAAAUAACUCUCACAUGGCAGGCUACACAAGAUAAUGUAAUGCAUGGAUUUGGUGGAUACUUUGAUUGUUUACUCUAUGGAAAUGAAAUGAUCAGUAUUGUGCCCUCUACUCAUAGCCCUGGAAUGAUUUCAUGGUUUCCAGUCUUUAUACCAAUACGGACACCUUUGAGAGUUCAAAAGGGAGAAAAAAUUAAGGCAACCUUUUGGAGGUGUGUUGACUCAAGGAGAGUUUGGUAUGAAUGGGUUGUUGAAGUUAAUGGUUGUGUUACACCAUUACAUAAUCCCAAUGGCCGCAGUUCAGAGAUGUUAUUAUGAUGCAAUUAUUUAGAAAAUAAGAAAUACUGAGCUUUAAA